CACAAGGGCCCAGACAGUAUAAAAACCGGCCACAAGAACUUUUUAGUCUAAAUUUCAUUUCAGUGCUCGGGUUCAGAGAAACUCAGUGCUUUCGUAAGGCUUUUGUAACUUCUCAGAGAUAUUUUUCUCUACCCCUUACCUAAAUCAUGGGUUUCGAUAUUCCUGAACCAUACAAAUGGGACGAGUCCUUCAGGGUUUUCUACGAAAACCUGGACGCGGAACACAGGGCUAUCUUUGAUGGGAUCUUUGCGUGUGAUAAAAACAGGGGCGACGCCGCUGCGCUGCAAAGUCUCAUUAAAGUUUGCAAGGAUCAUUUCGCUGAUGAAGAGGGCAUGAUGGCGAAAUCAACAAAGUAUGGCGACUUGGCUGCACAUAAGCAAAAACACGACAAGUUUAUUGCAGAUAUAUCUAAGCUCUCUUGUCCUCUCAACGAUGACCAGAUUCACUUCGCCAAAGACUGGUUAGUUCAGCACAUCAAGGGAACCGAUUUCGAAUACAAAGAAAAGCUGUAAGAAAACCGCCUUUGGACAGACUCCAAAUGUGUGCCUCCUUUUCGGGUCGAUGAACGAAAGUCAAUUCUACAAGUUGCGCACUGAAAUGAGACUUUUCUGUGGAGAUUUCAAUAGAUACUGGGGAAUUGUUAACUAGUUUUGGUGUUUUUGUGAAACAAAGGGAUGCGGUGCCAUCGUUGCUUUUUGCUUUGUUAUUCAAUGAAGCACGUUCUUAUUCCCAAAUUAUCAUCUGUGGGAUAUCGCCUAUUUCUUUUGUUUUUCAUACGCUAAUCUAUGGUUUUGUUAACUUUCCUAUAUAGGAAAUCUCAGAUGUAUUUACUUUUGUAUUAUCAUAAAUGAAGACAAAUCUGAUGUGUAUUAUACAAUAUUUGGGCCAAAUCUGUUGUUAGAAUUAAGGUGCUCUAAAUAUUUACCCGAAUCCGAAUCUUCAAAACAUACGGGCAUCGGGACAGCUUUUAAUAUGACUAUCAACGUUUUAUCUUUUUAUUUCAAAAAAUGAAUCUCUCGUGUAUUUCUUAAAGUAUUAAUCAUUUCAGCACGUGAAUUUACUUCACUUAGAUGCACAUUUUCGGAUGCACAUCUUUGUCUUUCAUAACAUUUAGUUAAAAUUAUCACUUUUAAUUAUGCACAGUAAUUCACUCUACCUUGGCACUCAAAAGCAAGCUUGACAAUUGUAAAGUUUAACGCCAGCUGCAGCAAAUGCUACAUAAUCAGUUGUUAAAACCAUAGUAAUUCAACUUAGCAUUUAAAAGGCACACAGUGUAGUAUUUCUUGUAUUUUUUCAUGAAUAAUUAAGUAAUAAAAAGAAAAUAAAACGAGCUACCUUUUC